CGCUUGCCAUGUACCAGCAAUAUAGCGUCUCAAACUCUCCUGUUCGACCGCACCUUCACCCAGGUCCCAAUCACUGGUUAUUACCAGUUUGUGAAUCAGAGUUUUUAUCAAUUGUGUCACAGCUACCCUCAUCUUCACUUCGUGGUUGGCAGGAUAGACUCUCCAGCGACAGUGCCAUCUUCGUGUAUAAAUUGACGAAUAUUUGCAGUCUCCUUUAAAUUUUUAUAUUCCUUGCCUGACUGCAAACAUGCGCAACGAACUGCUGACCAUCCCCGCAAUACCAUUUCACAGAGAACCAUCAUGUUCGAUAGUUUUCUCCUACUCGACUGGUGGCGCUGAACCCCCUCUCAAUAAAUCGGAUGAAACAGGGCAAACUCUAAACUACGCGAACUUCGAAAUUGCCACUGCCCUCAUGUCUCCAGCACACUUUCGUCGAAUUAUAAUUGCGCCAGUGCAUGGAAGAACCUGUAAUACAAGCUAUGCGCGCUGCGAUCGUUCUGCUGAACCCCACAGCCGAAAGGCGUCGCAAGUCGCUCGAGAACAAGCUCUUGCGGAUCCUUCCACCCCACGAUCAUUGCACCCCAUUGCUCGACAGGUUAUCUCGAGGCCGUCGGCUCAUCCAACGUUUCAUCUUAUGGAUAUACCAGCCGGUGUGUCGACAUUGCUGCCACGAGAUCGCUGCGGGUGGUCACAGGCAACUGACCUCUGCAAUGAUAUCGUGUCUGCUAAUACCCUCGUCGUUCAUAUGCGGAAGCAUGUUGGAGGAUUCUCGCAUCGUCGCAUUUACUGCUCCUGGAACGGAUGUGGCAAGCUCAUGAGGAGAGAUUGUCUUGUCCGCCACAUACGCGAAAUUCAUCUGCGUAGCAAACGCCGUGCUCAUGACUAAACUUUCUCUGUUGCUCGACCUACCCAUUUGUGUCUCAAAAUCUUCGUCGAUAUAUCGUGUUCACUGAGUAGAUAAGGACUUUUAGUAAUAUUUACCCCGACAGCUGCGCC